AUGUUUUCUUGGUUUCGCCAAGACCCGAAUACUGAUGCUGAUCCCAAACAGCAUUUAAUGGGCUCAGCAGAGAAUGCACUGAUGCAAGCUUCUCAUAAAUUUCAAGGAUACAUGAAAUUUGGAGAAGUCCUACAUCUUCAAGGCCCAUGGAUUUCUGUGGAUAUGUUGUCCAGGGCAGUUUGUGAUUUACAACGUCGUCAUCCAAUUUUACGCACUCGUCUUCGAAUGAUGCCGGAUAAAUCGGAUAGUUUUUUUCUUGAAGAAGAUGAAACCGUUCGAUUGAAAAUUCGCGACAUAGCACGAAAAAGUACCGAUUGCCAGACAUUUUGGCGUGACGAAUGGCGACAACGAGAAAGAGAUACAACGACUGUUGGCGAAGGACUUAUCGAAUUUUGGCUUCUCCAGGAUCCGGAAGAUGUCAAUAAUAACAACAGCCCACAAGAAAUUAUGAUCAUUUCUGAACAUGCUGUGAGCGAUGGUUUAUCUCUUAGCAAUAUGGCACAUGAACUUCUCGUUGCUCUAUCUGGUGAAAAUGAAGAUCUAUUCAAAAACUCAUUAGAUUGGCCCAUAACAAUGGAAGCAGCCGCACGAAAUAGCCUUACAAUGUUUGGUAGAGUGAUGACACUCACUCGAUUUAUUUUCUCAGCGAUUUAUUUACGUUCAACAAAUCGAUUACCGACUGCAAGAGUGCCUCUUGCACCUAUCGAAUUCCCAUUAACUGACUUGAUCAAUCAUUCUCAUACCGAAGCUUCUUACCUUCUAUUAAACAAAGAAGACACUCAGGCACUACUCUCAAAAUGUCGUCAACAAAACGUGACAGUUACUUCGGCAGUCAGUGCUGCAAUCCUAUGUGCUCUUUCAACAUUUGUCAAAUCUGAUGCCAAUCAACCUACACUUUUGAAUUUUUCUAUUGGAGCCGAUACUCGUCGACGAUGUACACCGCCUAUUCCAAAUCAUGAUUUUCGUUAUCAUGUUUCAGGUUUGAUGUCAUUUACAAUACCAACAAAUGAUAUUCCAACAACAACUGAAAAUAUUUGGCAACUAGCGAGAAAUUUUGGGGAUCAUAUGAAGUCAUGUGUUGAUGCUGGUCAAAUCCUUGCUCUUGGUUUGAUCAUGGGAAAACUGUAUCAGAAAACGUUCGGUGAACCAAAUCUUAAUGAACUUCCAACUUGUGGUGUAUCCAGUUGGGGAAUUUUACCCUUCAAAGAAGAAUAUGGACGAUGGAAGUUCUUGGGUAUGACUCCAUUUGUUAAUAUGAUUCGUGGAGUGAUGCCAUUUACUACUAUUCAAACUGUAAAUGGAGUUUUAACUGUAAUGUAUGUUGGAACUGAUCCGGUGAUUUCAAAAACCGUUUUAGAAGGUCUCCGCGAGACUACAAUGAACAAAUUGCAACAGAUGAUUCAUGGUUGA